UUAGCAGCCCCAGCAGGAGAAGGAAGAUGGAAGAGGUCAUUGCGGGGCUGGAGCAGUUCACUUUCACCUUAGAGAAGGAUGUAGAGAUGCAAAAGGGCAUUGGACUCCUGCCUUUCCAGGGCAUGGACAAGUCGGGCUCAGCUGUGUGCAACUUCUUCGCUAAAGGGCUCUGUGAGAAAGGGAAGCUGUGCCCGUUGCGGCAUGACCGUGGGGUGAAGAUGGUGGUGUGUAAGCACUGGCUCCGGGGGUUGUGCAAGAAGGGCGACCAGUGCAAGUUUCUGCACCAGUACGAUGUCACCAGGAUGCCCGAGUGUUACUUCUACUCCAAGUUCGGUGAGUGCAGCAACAAGGAAUGUCACUUUCUUCACACGAAGACAGCUUUCAAGACCCAGGACUGUCCUUGGUAUGACCAAGGUUUCUGCAAAGAGGGUCCCCUGUGUAAAUACCGCCAUGUCCACAAGACAAUGUGUAUUAACUAUUUAGCUGGCUUCUGCCCUGAGGGACCCAAGUGCCAAUACGCACAGUGGGACGCCAUCUUCAAUGACUGGGGAGUUCCUAAGCCCAUUGCUGACUUUUAUCAAAAGCUCCACGGGCCACGGGGGUCAGCACCUCCUGCUUCUGUCUGGGGACCUUGCAAGCCCCCUUUGCCGGCCGAGUGGCUGCUUCUCCCUGCUCCGAUGAGGCCCCAGGAGCAGCUGGUCCCCUACUGCCUGGGGCUCAGGGCGCAGGAGCAGGGCCUGUGCUACAGGAAAGAGCCCUAUCAGAUGAGAGAGAAGUCGGGGCUGCACGUGGCAGUUCCUGUGCACAUGGCCUCACUGGCCACUACAAACUGA